AUGGUCUACUCUCAGGUACCUAGUAUGAAGGGCAAGGAGAGACAGCAGCAGCGUCGAGUGCGUAACAGCGUCCUCCAGUUUGCGUUCAGGCCUCGCGCUGUGCCGGAGACUGUUGUUGAGACAGAGACUGCCAUGGAGAAUGGCGACCACGACAGUGAGCCUGGUGGUGCCCGCCUCGAUACUGAUCCUUUCGGUCGCAACCAGCAGGGCCAGAAUCAUAUCUUAGCCAGCUCCAGCCUCAACCCUUCUUCCUCGCCUUGGGUUCCCAACUCCUCUCAGGCCCAACAGACCACUAGCAAGAUUGAUCAGCCCGAGAUCGCUGAGCUUGACGGUACUCCUCAGUAUAUUGGCGCCAACGGCAAGAUCCAGGGCCGUUCAUCGAUUCCCGCUCAGAAAUUUGGAUCCAGCUCGAAUGGUGCAGUUUCAUACUUGAGUGGAACAGUCGGAAACAACUAUCGCGUUGCUCUCCCGAAGAUGGCUAUCCAGGCGAACCACGGCCAGCUCACCGGCAGCUCCUCCAUGGGCAAUUUGGGUAUCCAGAUCCCUGUCCGCCAGGACAUUGGUGGAUUGCUCUAUGACCAUGGCGACAAGGAAGUCAUCGAUCUGACUGGUGAUGAUAUUAGUUCCGGCAGCGAUACUCCCAAGGCAAAGGGUGUUGGUAACAGUGGUCUCAUGACGGAGCCGCGCAACUUCGCUCCACGUACCAUGAACCACCUUGGAGCGCCUCCCAAGUUCAACUUGAUCAAGAUCAACAACGGCGCCGAUGCCCCUGCUUUGGUCACUCAAGACCCUUUCGUGUCUUCCGCUUCGCAAGUUGGCGCUAUUCAGCCGUCUGUGCCUGUGUUUGGCUCGCAGAUUGACACUACCCACUUGCUUGCGACUGGUCAGAUCCCUUUCCCUGCCGCGACAGGCGACACUCUGCACUUCGACAAUCUCCCUCGCGAUGACGAUGAACCGUCCAUCCAGAACGAUAUCAACAGCCAGAUUCCUCAGCUCAACUCAACCAACGGAGGACAUGCUGCCAACGUUCAGAACGUGCCUGCCCGGCCGGUGGGAUUGUCUCUGCCGCAGCCUCCUCAGGCCCUUCCUCUUGCCGGGAACAGUGCGGCAAUCGUUCCUUAUCAGGCUUCUCAUCAGGAUACUUUCCAGCGUGGCUACCAGCUCCAGGAAACAGUCGCGACUUAUGGUGACGCUGUUUCUGACUACAUCCGCGCUCAGCGAUCGACGCAGCUGAACCGCCUCACCGGCGGUCCCACGGGUCGACCUACCUCGAAUGAGGCUAUGCAUCAAGUGAACUUCCCGUUCGUUGAGCCUCCCCCCCGUGCUUCCCACUUCAUGGUUCGCGGCGUCAUCAAGAUUGGCAACAUUCCUUUCGUCACUAACCGCUCCGAGAUCAUUGCGAUCCUGGGUCGCAACUCCCGUAUGCUCAAUGACACUGAUGAGCCUGUUCAUAUCAUCAUGGAGCGUGUCACUGGCAAGACCACUGACGCUUACGUCGAGUUUCACACCCUGGAGGAUGCUUCCAAGGCCGUUGAGAAGCAUCAUCAGAACCUUGACCGUGGUCGUGUCACUCGCAUUGGCCAGCGCCCUGUCGAGAUCGAGCUUUCCAGCCAAGCUGCUCUCAUGAAGGACCUGUUCCCCAACGCCAGGGGUGUGUUCUGGGCCGGUCUUCACCCCCAUGUCCUCCCUGACAACGACCAGGAGCCUUGGGACAACUUCAAGGGCUUCGUAUCCAACGAAGAGAUGACCAUGCUGGUCAAGCAUGUCGAGGUUCCCCAUCGUUCACCCUUUUCGAAGGAGUGCCCGCAGCGUCCGUUCGAGUGCCUCAUCAGCACCCUGACCAAGUUCCCUUGGCAGAUGAAGGGCCACGUCACUGUUCAGCAGCGUCAUGCCAUGUACAAGGCCACCUGCGAUCUCCUCCGCAUCCUCGUGGGCAACAUUCGCGACAAGCGCGACGAGGUCAACCUUACUCAUCGUCUGUGCAAGCGAGUCGUCGCUGCGGCAAUGCGCUGCGAGGGCUUCUCGAUUGCCCAGAAGGACGAUAUUGCCUUCAUUGUCAACAUGAGUGAGAUGGAGCAGCGUUCCUUUGGCCAGCCGCGCUUUGCCGAGAGCUGGCGCCACCUCUAUGUCCUGGUUCCCAAGAAUGGUGUCCCCUUGGAUGUCAUCGAGUGGUACAUUGCCCUCAUCCGCGAGGAGACUAUUCGCUACCUGGAGAUGCAGUCUUUCCAGGAAAAGUGCAAGACGUGCACCAUCGGCGAGGCCACUGACGGAUACUUUGGCUUCUUCUGGCGCGAGUUGAACCUUCGUGUUGGACCUGAAUUCGACCACAUUUCUCUUGCAACUCUUGCCAUGCACGAAUACCAGACACUCGAGACGAUCAUCCGCCGCGCCCUGACUCCUUCUAUCGGUCACUAA